AUGAGCAAAGGGAGGGGUUCAAAAGCAGCAACAGAGGCAUCACAACCAAGACAUAUUUCCAUGGAUCCUGUGGAUAUUACAGACAUUGUUGGAGGAGUCAUCGACACAUCGCUGUCCAUCGGUUCACUUGUUGCUAAAGUUAUUCCAACACAUCGUGCAUGCAGUGUGGAACUCUCCAAUGACACCUCAGCAUACUCUCUCUGCAACCCGUGUGUGUUUGUCAAAAGUGGACACUGCUCCACUCCCCUUCCACCUGUCAUUCUGCCCUCCACCCCCGCCACGGCUCAAUUCUCCAAGACGCCAUAUCGGGCUCACGGAUCGGCCGGAGUCUUCACCUAUGAUGUGUGCGAUGCAGCCAGGAACGUUUUGGCAAAGGUGGUCGUCAUGUUCAAGGUCCCUUUUAACAAGAAGAAGAACCCCAUAAUGUACGGAGUGGGCCUUUUUGACGUGAACAGGCCCUGUGACUGUGAGCUGUACACAGAGAUGUCAAAAAACAUCGGCCCGUUUGUGUCUGGGAGAGCCAAAGGACCAUCCCUCGUGUACAAAGGGUUAAAUCUCUCCAUCUUGGCUUCAAUGUCGGACUGUUACACCCCUGUCAUGAAGUUGCACGUGAUGGAAGAGUGA